UUUUUAGCUGUUCAACUUUUUGGUGUUAACUCACAGUUUGAUCUUUGUAAAAUCUGAGAUUUUUCAUUAUAAUUUUCUAGUUGUGAAAGUCCUGCAGUCAUCUUUGAGUUACUUGUCAAAGUUGGACCAAGUACAGCUUUGAUCAAGUGUUUGUGGUGAUUUUAGGCAGCUGUAAGAAAGUUAGAAUAAAUUUGAGUUUGGUCCUGACACAGCAUUUACAGCAGUGCACACAGCAUCCUCACUGAGUUGCCACGGCAACUGUGCCACUCAACUGCAAGUCUGGGAUCAUAUGUACAUAGAAGAAUACAUUGAAGAAGAUGAGGAACCACCUUUGCUGCUCAGCUCUUGUCCUUCUCACGGUGUUUGGCUGUGGUGGGACUGCAGCAGUGCAGUGUCGGUGGGGGGAGGGGUGUGUGUGUCUGCAAUGUCCUGCAGGCCAGGAGCCUUCCAAGGCUUGUGGGCAGAUCCAAAGUCCAACAGAGGAAGUACAAUGCAAAUUGUGCCCAACUGGAACCUUUUCAGAUGCAUUCGACUCUGAACUUUGCCGUCCACACGCCUCCUGCAAGCUCCUUGGCCGAAAGACUGUAACCCCUGGCACUGUGACCUCAGAUGCCAUCUGUGGGGACUGUCUGCCUGGGUUUCAAUCUGCUGCCACAGAGGAAGCUUCCACCCAAAGUCCCUGUGUGAAAACAGCUUUGCAUGUCAGAACAGUUCGCACAGUGGGUAAAGGUCCAUCUGCUGCUGCAGGAGGGCCGGUUAACGGUACAGUGGUGCGCAGCGCUGAGGAGAAGACAGCAGAGUAUGCUGUUUUCGCUUUGGUGCCCAUCUUCUGCGUUAUGGGCCUGUUAGGUAUCCUCAUCUGCAACAUCCUGAAGAAGAAAGGAUACCGCUGCACGGCCGAGAAGGAGGGAGGGGAUGAAGAGACCGCCACACCGCAGAAAGAAGGAAACAACUGUCCCUACAUAUCUGAUGACCUGAAUGAAGACACCAUCAGUGUUCUGGUUCGCCUCAUCACAGAAAAGAAAGAAAAUGCUGCUGCACUGGAGGAACUGCUGCUAGAGUACGAGAGCAAACAGAUGACCUUGAGCAAAGGCUCCUCAAUCAAGUUCCCAAUGCUGUCUCCCCUGUCCCCAUUCCGCUCACUCCCCAGGCUGUGCCCCCAUCAGUCCCACCUCCACACCAUCUCUGGCCUCUCUGGCCUGGCCCCCAAACACGGCUACCGAUGUUCCCGUUGCGCCCAGAGAAAAUGGCCCCCUGUUCUCAUACCUCCUCUGGAUUCCUUCAAGGAUCCCCUGAAGCCCCCUCAGACCCUUAUCCUGCCCUCACUGGACGCAUCAACUGACCAGCAGAAGAGCCCCCUGCUGGGCGGAGUGUGUGUCGAUACCCACCGUACACAAGCUGUUGUGCCAAACAGUGUACAGGAAAAAGUAGAGGGGAAUGAAGUGAGGGAGAAGAAGGAGGGAGAGCUGACAGUGUUGUCUGUGGGGAGAUUUCAAGUUGCUCAGAUUCCAGAGCAGAAACCUGUCACCAUGGAAACCAAGACCUCAUCCCAGGAGCAGAGGAACUCCUUUUUUGGUGGGAAACACUUCUCCUCCUCUUCAUCAUCUGGCAUCAGGAGGUGAAGAGCAAGACAGACAGACGAUGUACGAUAACGCUACCUCGCUGAAGAUGACCUCAUCAUCCGCUGAUGACUUCCCAGCAGUGAGGGUGUUUUCACACACACAAGUGACAGCACGAAACCAUGAGAACCACCUCCUGCUGAAAGAAGUUGUAUCUAGUUAUGCAAUAAGAGCAUAACUGUAUUUAUUAUUACAUUUAAAAAAUAUUAUAUUUUACAGAGGUAACAGAUGUACCAUCAUAGGAGUUCAGAAAGAUUUCCUCUCUAGCUUUGAAAUGAACAAUUAGCAAUAACUAACACUAGAAAGAAGGAUUAGAGGAAGGAAAUGAAAGGAAAUUUGGAUGAUAAACAAAGGCACUCUUAACCUCUGUAUUUGUGCUUCCAUGUAAAAAAAACAAUAGACACAGGGGUAAAACAUACUCUACAUG